ACCUGCUGCCCCCUGCCCUGCUGCCCUCCCCCGCCGGCCCCAGCACCCCUCUGCUCUGGGGGAGCCCGGGUUAACGAGGGACUGAUGAUGGGUUUGUGCCACGGCAGCAAAGCACGUGAAAACAACGCCACAGCAGCAGCGUGCAAGCAAAGGAUUAGUAGUUAUUUAAGGAAAAAAAAUGCUAACUGCAUACUCCUAAUUUUCAUUUGAACUUGUGCUCAUGCUCUUUGUUUGUAGGUCUUUUAGAUCUGCUUCUUGAGAGUUUCAUUUCAAUAGAUAAUUUUAAUUGAUAACCACGGAUUUGCCACAAUACCUAUGAUGUCCUUACUACUCUGAGAAUUGUUAGAAGAAAAUGUCUGCAUUUCUGCUGGGGCAUUGCAUCUUGUUUAUUUUAGUAUUUGGUUGGAACAAUAGGUCAAGUUCAACUUUCUUGUAGCUGCUACAAAUCAACACAGGGAUUGUUUACCCAAACAGUACAUUUGGAAAGCAAACAUAAAUUUCUGAAAUCCUGCAAACCUAAAAAAUAAAUAAAUAUGACCGACUGGAUUGAGCACACCACAGAGCUGGGAGCUCUUGAAUUUGGAUGACAGCUCUAUAUGAGCUUCCUCUGUCAUUUUCAGUAAGUCUCUAAACUCUCUCAGCUCCAAAAUGAGACAAUAGUUCAAAGUUAUUAGAGAAUGGAGUCAAUGUUCUCUUGGUGACAGCAAGUGGGAAAUAGACACUCAUUAGAAACAUAAAAUGUCCUCAGGGGAAAAAAAAACACAAAACAACAAAGAAAGAUAAUUGCAUAAAAACAAAUCUCUAGUUCUUAGUCAUGCUUACCUUGUAUCACAGCUAUCUUUUUAUAUGAUUAUCAAAAUAUUUAAUAUGAAGUCUUAUUUAGUCACUGCAUUUUAUUCUCAAUUAAUUCCAUUAGAUGGAACUAAUGGAACUUAGAUGUUGAAUUUCCUUCUUCUUCCAUUCGUUUUUUUUUAUUAGGACUAAGUUUUGGUCAGUUCUAAACCAGAUCUCACUGCUAUUUUGUGUGUCUGUUUCCUAGGAAUUCAUUAAUUCUAACGGGUUUUGUGAUGAGUAGUCCAUUUUAUCUCCUCAAAGAGAAAAUCAGGCUUGGAAAAUAAAUUGUAUGUACUCUCUGUGUCAGCACAGGCAAGUUGACACAUUUGGGAAAAUGUUUACAAAGGUUUCUUGUUCUACUUGUGUAGUGAAAACUCCCAUUUGAGCUGUAGAACAAAACUCUUGGCCAGGAUUUCUGACCCAAGUCUCACAGAAUUAUAAAACCAUAGAAAGUGGGAAGGGCCCUUUAGAGCUCAUCUAGUCCAACCCCCUGCCAUGGGCAGGGACAUCUUCAACUUGGUCAGGUUGCUCAGAGUCAAGUUCAACCUGACCUUGAACAUUUCCUGGGAUGGGGCUUCUACCACCUCUCUGGGCAGCCCAUGCCAGUCCCUCACCACUCUCACUGUAAAAAACUUUUCCUUAACUAAUUUAAAUGGACCCUCUUUUAUUUCAAAACCAUUACCCCUUGACCUGUCACAACAGGCCCCACAAAAAAGACUGUCCCAUCCUUCCUACAGUAUCAAGGAGUCUUUUUACCAUCUUGUUACCACCCUCUAAUGGGGCUAUGGAGUCCCCUGAACAGCCCCUGAGGAAGAUUCCUUCUCUUGUCUUACUCCUGAACGUAAGAGUGUGGAGUGAAGGGCAGGUCAGAGAGUUUCUGUGGCAGUGCUAACAUGGCCCCAUCCCAAGGAACAGAGGCUGUGAGCACUGCUACAAAAGCAAAAUGCUCUUUCUGUCUGAGACCAGGCCAGGAGCUGUCAGCUGAUCAGUGAAUUGAAAAUUGUUUUGGGCUGCUGCAGGGACAGAGUUUUAAAGCCACAAGGAACUCCUGAUACUUCUCAUCAGCCACUUGUUUGGAGAGUGUUGCAUAGCUGCUAAGUGCUCCAGACACUUUCUUUUGCCUGUCAAGUUAACCUGAUGAAACUCUUCCUGCUGGUUAACCUGUGAAACUCUUCCCUUAGGACAUUGUGGAUGCUGAAUGUUCGUGUGAGGUUGCAGAACCAGUUGGUUAAAUUCAAGGGAAAAAAAAUCCUAGAAAGGGCUGUUAGAUACAGUGGCAUUUCUUCUGGCUCAGCAUAUUCCUGAGACCUGGCAGGGUCUUUGGGAAUGCAUCCCUCCAGACUUGUCCUGUUCUCAUGCUUUUCCAAGGCACCCAUUGCUGCCAUGAAGGUCUCAUCUAUAACAGUGCCCAGGAAUGCCCUGGCACGGGGACUUGGCUGUACCAGUAACCUGCUAGGAUGGAGCCUGGCACACUUGUGUCCAUGAUAGGAGGCCAAUUGUCUGUCUGGAAGACAGAGCUGACUGUUCCAGAGUGGAGCUAUCCCAUGCCCUUGAGGCUUGGGAAUGCUCCCAGACUUUCAAUAUUCCUCCAGAGAUGUAGAUCAUGGGAGACUGGACACUGGGUCAGGCCCUCACUUUGGUGUGAUCUGGCACAGACAUUCCUGGAUCCUUUCCUUCUUGAUGCUCCAGUGGCUACAUCUGCUAAGGAGCUGAUCCCUGUGGGCACUGCCCCUUUCAGAGGGCACAGCACGAGCACACACUGUCCCUGUGGCUGGCACUUACGUCCUUACUGCUGCCUGUGGGACUCUGGGUGGCCCCGAGGGGAAAGGAGUCUCCAGUGCAUGUUCCCAACAGGGAUGUAGGAUGGACAUGGCCAUAUUUAGUGUCCUCCUGCAGGGCAGAGCAGUGCUCGAUGCUUUUCUCUGUUCCCAGGUGUGUGAAUGGCACUGGCAGCACGCCCUUAGCGCGGCAUUCCCGCAUGGAGCACAGAGCCUCUCCCCACCCGGCAGGGGGACUGUGUCCCUGCUGCAGCAUCGUGAGCAGGACAGCGGCAGCAAUGCUCCCCACCGUGUGGGAGGUGCAGAAGUCACAGGAGAGGAGCGUGAGAGCCGGCCCUGCGUUGACUGCCACGCGUUCGAGUUCAUGCAGAGAGCGUUGCAGGACCUGCGGAGGACGGCGCGCAGCCUGGACACGCGGACAGAAACCCUCCUCCUGAGAGCAGAAAAGAGAGGCCUGUGUGAUUGCUUCCAUGCAAUACACUGAAAUGAGCACUGCGAUUUGGCCAAUGGACAUAUAUUCAUUUUUAAUAUGCUGUUCAGUAAAUUACAGGAAGAUACAGAGUGCAAGUUGUGUCCCACCAUAAGGAAAAGUAUUUCUAUCAAAACAGGUAUAGCUCAGAUUAUUUUUGCUUUGUUGUGGUUUGUCAUAAGUCUAUGUGAUAUUGCAUCAGCUGAAAUGCAAGGAGAAGAAACAGUGCCGAAAUCUUGCUUUUGGGUUUUAUGCAAUGAUAGCAUCCUGCUUUUUGGUUAUUUCAUGCCAAAAAUUGUCCUUGGACUCUCAGGCGAACCUCUUGGCUUAUGUGAAUUGGCAUAGAUCUGUGAAAGCCAGUGAAGUCAAUUUUUUUUUAUGUAUUUAUAGAAGAAUAGCAUGAAAAGGAAGCUACUUUGCCAUGAUGCAUAGAUAAACAUUUACAAACAAUCAGACUUGUCAUUAUAUAGAAAUUAAUAGUUAUCACUGACUGCUUGGCGGUCCAAGGAAGGGAUUUGUUCUCCAAUUGUAUCAAUAGUCCAGUGCACAGCAAACACAACAAUCUGUCUCACAAUUUUGAUUUCUUCAGAGCCACACAGUAGCUGUGAUCUUUUUGGACAGAUUUAUUAAGUAUCUAAUGUGAUCAGUAACAUUUGUAAUCACAUGAAUACUGCCUGGCAGUUGAACUGAUUGCAUCUGCCAAAAUCUUCUGGAGAAGUGUCUUUCAUUAAGCAAAUCACAUGCUGGAUUGAACCACUCAAAGUGGCCUCUACAGAGAGUUUUGGCAGAGAGCCUACACGAUGCCUGCCUGCUCAGGAGUCUCUUGCAAACUGUAUUUUGGGAAAUACUUAAAUUCUAUCAAAAUGGUCCUUAGCUCUUGCAUGGACUCUGCACUCCACCAGGGUGGGUUAUAGUGCUGAUGUUAUUCGUAUUCCUGCUGCAGUGGGAGACAAGGGACAACAAAACAAUUUAAGCAGUGUAGUAGUAGUAGAUAAUAAGAUUGUGCCUUGUUACUCUUUAAAAGAGAAUAGCAAAUCCUUUCUCAUUGUUUGCAUUUUUUUCCUUUAUUUUGGGAAGCAGAACAGAAACCGGCCCCAGUGGAAAGUUCCUAUUGAUAACAAUACAUUUUUCAUCAUUCCCAAAGUAGAGAUCUGUGUAUCAGCUCGAGCAUCUAUGUACAGGCUCAAAACUUUUAUACAAACCAGAAUAUGGGAGCAGGAUCACCAAAAUAAGUAGUUUUCAAAGUAAUUUUACUAAUUCUUUUCAGUAUGUCUGUUUUUUCCAUAGGUGGCUGGCGGUUUUGAUAUUUUGCUCUCAGCCUGCUCAGUAAGUUUGGAUGGAAGCUAUCUGUAUGUUUCCAAACUGCUUCUCUCCCAUUUUGUCUGCAACAUCAAACACAGGGAAAUAGGGAACUUUGACCCACUGCCAACUUACUAUUUCAUGUGCAAUCGUACUCAGUAACACAAAGGAGCAUGUUGCCAUGUAUUUCACCAAAGUUGUUUGAAAGGCAUGUGGUUCUCAGCAAGGAAAACCUCUCUUGAACCUGCAUUUCAAAUCAGAAAUCCCCUUUGUCCUUUGUAGUAUCCCAGCAAACCCCUUUAGAGGUCCUUGGGACCUGUUUUGUGUACAAGAGAAGCAGCAUGACACAGCACCAGCUCCCUUCUGGUAGCAUCACACUGCUGUGGCACCGGGCAAUAGAGCAGUAGGGGUUUUCCUCAUAGACCAAAUUUUAUUGUACAAAGAAAGCAGUAGGAUUAACACAGCUUCCUUGCAAAAUACCAGCCUUUGGCUUCUUUACUCUCACUUAUAUUUGGACCAAAGUAAUGCACAGCUUUUGAGCCAGCUUUUUGCAGGAGAUGGAGUCCCAGCACUGAACCUGUGAAUUUUCAGGUUUAGCUCAGCUCCCCUUUCAGGGGGCAGCACGUCUAUGGUUUGGUAUUGAUAUUGUGCAUGCUUAUUCUGCUGGUACCCUAAAGAGCCUUGCAAAGUCCUGUUCCAAAAACUGGGUUUUUUUGUUCAUGCUUUCAUUUAGAAAUAUGGUUGCUCACAGAUGAGUUUUGAUAUAUGCAGCUUGUAACAAUAUAAAGGUGGAAUUAAGUGGAUGUUGUCUGACUCCCAAAGGGAUCAGAGUGACACUGCAACUUUAUGGUUGUACCAGACUGAUUAUUCUGUACUUCUCUUUGUCUAUAAUACAACACAAUAAAAGGGCAAGAUGCAUUAUAGUAUUUGGUGUGCAUCGUUUCUGAUUUGACUAAUUGAUGGUGAUUAUGCAUUAAUUAAUGUCUGUUUGUUAAUUAGAUGGAAAAUACACAGAAAACAAUUAUAUUUUUAAUACAAAAAUAAGAAGACCUUGUCUUUGGGCUAAAUGUAUUAAUAUAUUCUUAUUUGCUGAAGUAUAAAAUCCAACUCACUCUUAUUUGAAAUAAAGGUACAGCAAUGAUUUUU